AUGGAAACGAAACUGACUGAAAAUAACAAAAAGUUGGAAGAAAAGAUUAUUGACUAUUUAGAAAAGAUAGAAAAAAAUCAACUUGCUCGAAAAUUAGUAACUAAAAACAAAAAUUUGUUACUAGCAAGCAAACAGGAAUACGAUGAAACAAAUAAGAGCCAAAAAGAGUAUCAAGAAUUUAUUUUAGAGUUAAAUGAAGAAGAAAAAAGGGACCUUUUUACUGAAAUUAAAAAGUUAGAAUUAAAAAAAGUUAGAAUUAUCGAAAAAAUCAAAGAGCAAAUAAUGGAAGAAGAAGGAACUAAACAAAACGUGGCUAUCGAAAUUCGUCCUGGAACUGGAGGAACCGAAGCAGGAUUGUUUGCACGUGACCUUUAUCUAGAUCACGCCGGAAACUUCACUUUUGUUUCUUUCUUGGUAAAGGGAGAUAAAGUUUUUAAUCAUUUAAAAAAUGAAGCCGGUGUUCACCGGGUACAAAGGGUUCCCCAAACCGAAAGUAAAGGAAGAAUACAUACCUCAACAGCAACAGUAGUUAUCUUACCUGAAGUUCAAGAUGUUGUUUUAAAUAUUCGAACACAAGAUUUGAGAAUUGAUACUUACCGCUCCAGCGGAGCAGGAGGUCAGCAUGUUAAUACUACUGAUUCAGCAGUACGAAUCACUCACUUGCCGACUGGAAUUAUUGCCACUUCCCAAGAUGGUCGUAGCCAGCAUGACAAUAAAGAAAAAGCUUUUUUUAUCCUGAAAAGUCGUUUGCUGAAAAAAUUACAGUCCGAACAAAAAAAACAAGCAGGCAAUUUGCGCUCAGCAGUGAUUGGUACAGCCGAAAGGGCAGAAAAGAUUCGCACCUACAACUGA